AUGGGAAAACCAUUGUUCUACAAGAUUUGGGAAAAGCCAGCUACAAGUUGUAUAAUUGGGAUUUGCAGUGCAAUUUGGUUCUACAUCCAAAAGAACAACAUUGGGUAUGCGCAUGUGGGCUUGAGUUAUGAGACUGCUAUGGAGGGCCAUCAUUGGAGGAUAAUCACAUCAGCCUUUUCUCACAUUAGCAUCCUUCACCUUGUGUUCAAUAUGAGCGCACUUUGGAGCUUGGGGGUUAUCGAGCAGUUGGGCCAUGUGGGACUUGGAGUGGAGUACUAUCUCCAUCAUACGAUUCUACUGGUGGUCCUGUCGGGUUUGUUGGUCUUAGGAAUGUACCAUGUUUUAAUCCAGAAGUUGAAGCUCGACUAUUUUCGGAGAGUGACUGCGGUUGGGUACUCUUGUGUUGUGUUUGGUUGGAUGACGAUUUUGUCCGCCAAGCAGCCCUCAUCCAAGCUCGAGCUUUUCGGGAUCCUCUCGCUUCCAAUCAGCUUUGCCCCGUUUGAAUCCCUCAUUUUUACAUCUAUUAUCGUGCCACAGGCAAGCUUUAUUGGCCAUUUGUCUGGAAUUAUUGUCGGGUAUGCUAUUGCUUGGGGUUUGAUACACGGGAUGAACAAUUAUUGGGCUGUAUCCAUGUUGGGAUGGAUUAUUCUUGUGUUCGUAUACAGUUUAAAGAAGUCUGGUUCCUAUAAUUUUGACUUUCUCGAGAUUGAGUCUGUUACUGAUCCUUCUUUACCGUAUGUGCGCUUUCUGCCGUCUGGAAAUAGUAGAACAUUGCAGAUCAACAAAACCAUUUUGCCCAAGCUCGAAUUUUUCACCUCCAUUGGCGUCCUCCCCAUACUGGCCGGGAAGCUGUCCCGAGCCCCUAACGCCUUAUGGUACAGCCUGAAGAACUCAAUCAUUCCCUCAUAUGCUUUCCUGAAAAACCUGCUCAGGUCGGAUAAGCUGGUAGUGCAAGUCUUUAAACGGGAUCCCCUGAUCUUCGGCUGGUGUCUAGCCGGCAACUUCUCCUCCAACCUCUCAUUUCUUGCAGCCUGUGGGGUCCCCUCAUCGUCUCUCAUCACGCUGGUCACGAGCCAGCCAAGCGUUCUUAGGGCUUCUCCAGAGAAGCUAUCCUCGCAGGUGGAUCGAGCAAUAGAAAUGGGGUUUCUCGUGUCCAAAGAUGCAUUUUUGAAGGCCAUUCGGGUUUUGGUGGGUUUUGAGGAGUCGACCCUUAAGCGCAAGAUGGAGGUUUAUAGGCAGUGCGGCUGGUCUGAAUCAGACAUCAGAACGGCCUUUCUGAGUCAGGCGCUCUGUAUGGGCUUGUCUGAGAAGAAGAUAUUGAAGAGUAUGGCUUUUCUCGUUGAUAAAUUCGGGUGUGCACCAGGUGACGUGGCUCGGUGCCCUAUGCUUCUUGGGUACAGCGUUGAAAAGAGAAUGAAGCCAAGGUGGGCAGUUGCUACGGUUUUGAGUGAGAAGGGGCUGAAGAAUGCUUCUGUCACGUCCUUGCUGACAGUGUCCGAGAAGAUUUUCUUGAAGACCUAUGUCGAGAAGUACAAGAAGCAUAUUCCCGACCUUUUGGACAUUUAUCGAGGUAAUCAAAUCCUUGCCCGCACUUCCUGA